AUGGCCCCCAGCCCCACCCCACAGCUCAUCUCCUCCGUCGACCCCAAGUUUCUGAACCUCACCAAAGUCGACGACCAGAUCUACAGCGAGUUCAGGAAAACCUUCAGGGAUCUUAAAAUCGACGUGCUCGACCCCGAGGAGCUCAAAUCGGAGCCUGCCAAGGAGAAAUGGCGCCCGUUCUGCCUGCGGUUCGAGGGGGUGGUGGAGGACUUCAACUACGGCACCCUGCUCCGGCUGGACUGCCGGCAGGACUACACCGAGGAGAACACCAUCUUCGAUUUUCCU